UGCCCACAGUAGGGGUGAACAAUAAUACUCCACACCUAUGUCCUUUCUUCAGAUUUCCAUAUUUUCUACGCACCUAUUCAGUUCCAUUCCACGAAAAGUUCUGCUCCAUAGCUGUAGCACAUAAUGGAAUCCUCGUUUCACUGUAAGCCCACCCCCAUCUCACCCUGGACUAUUGGUACGCUCCAUCAAAGCAGCUUUUCCGGAAGUUGAUAGUGUCUCUUAGCAACAACAAUGUCUGCAAACUGGAGCCCUAGAUCUGGAGCAGAAAAUGCUCAGGAUGCAGAGGAGAGGCCACAGGCCACAAAUAAUGAGGCUGCUAGGGAAGACAUGUCUGUUAUAGAUGGAGAACAGCCUCUUUCUUUCAAAACUUCUGACACAGAUGAGGAUAUAAUUACCAGCAGUCACCGUGCAGUCUCUAACUCCUUUGGGGCUAGUACCCAGAGAUCAGCAUUGUCCCAGGAUAUGGAGCAACUUGAAGAAUCAGGAGAAACGGGGGUGUUGAGAUCAUCUCCCUAUUCCUCCCUCCAUCAAUUUAGUAAUCAGAUGGGAGAGACUGAUGAUGAGGCAGAGGACCAAGAUGCAGAUAACCCAGCGAGGAAAGAGGAGACAGCUGAAGAGGGAGAAGAAAAGAAAGAAUAUGAGGAUAACAAGACUGAUGAUGAUGCAGAGGACCAAGAUGCAGAUGACCCAGCUUGGAAAGUGGAGAUGGCUGAAGAGGGAGAGGAGAAGAAAGAAUAUGAUGAUAAAGAAUCAGAAUUAGUUGUUCUGGACCCAGACCAUCCUCUGAUGACAAGAUUCCAGACUGCUCUCAAGACCUAUCUAACAAAGCAGAUCCAAAGUCUGGAGCUAGAGCUUCGUGAAAUGAAUGUAUCCAUGAAGAAGAGUCAAAAAGAGCGUGAGGAUCUUGGCAUGUUUCUGUAUGGGGUGCAGCAGGAACUUGCUCGUCUGCAAAUGGGGCUUGAGAAGCAGCAUGACAAACACGCACAUGUCUCUGUCCAGCGCCAUCAGAAAGAGGAGGAGCUUGAAACAAUGAGGAAUUUGUACAAAAAGACCCAUCAGAUCACAGACACAGAGCGCAAGACAGUAUCCUCUAUGCAGGCAGAUGUAGAAAAUCUAGCACUGAGGCUAUUCUAUAUGGAAAAUAUGAAUCGAGAUGUACGCUCAGACAUUAAUGUAAUGAAACGUGCAGUGCAGAAAGCAGAGAUGGAGAGGCUGCAAGCAGAGCUGGAGAAAAAAAAACAGGAUGUGUUUGUGGAUCGACUGACACGUGAGGUGGACCGACUUCGCGAGCAGAUUGAACUUUAUGAAGCUCAAGUCUCUGCACAGAGAGAAGACACUAAGGCUGCAAGGGAGACCGUUGCAGAGGCCUGUAUGGAGAUUGAGGCCAUCGGUGUUGAGAAGAAACAGCUCUUUCAACAGUGGAAUAGUAGUCUGAUUGGUAUGACAAGACGAGAUGAAGCCUAUGCUGCCAUUCAGGAGGCUCUUAGUCUUGCUCAACAGGAGCUCCUCUCCAUGGACACUGAGAUUGAAGGCUGCAAGAAGGCUGUUACAAAGGAGGAGGAGAGAAAUGAGCAGCUUAACUUUAUGCUGAACCGCGCAGAAAGUGAUGCAACUAUGAGCAAGAAAAUGGUUGCUCAGUCUCUUACCAGGCAGGAGGCAUUGCGUGUGGAGUUCAGCACAUAUGCACGCACAUUGCAGGAGACAGAACAAGCACUGAACAGGGUUGCUGUUGAGCGGGCCGGUUAUCUGAAUGAGAUCACAGUUAUGCAAAAAAAGAUUGAGAAAGAAUCCCAUUUGAAAGUGAACCUGGAAGCACAGAUAUUGGCAAAGCUACAAGAGAAGAUGACAUCUGACAAGGCAGCCAAAUAUUCCUCUCUCCUUGCGACCAAGCUUCAAAAGCAAAAACUAGAUCUGGAAAUUAAUUGUUCAAAGGUUGAGAAUGAAACCGCUCAGAUCUCUCUGAACAUCAACUACAGCUUGUCACAUACCAAAGCUCUGCAGGGCACUCUCGCUAACUUGGACAAGAACAUUCAAAACACCAAUGAGCUGAUAUCCAGAAGUCAGAAUGAGAUAACCAGACGUACAUUGGCAAUUGAGAGGAAACAAUCCACCAUCAAUUUAUUCAGCAAGCAAAUAGAAGCCACCGUUGCACAGAUUGGGGGGAAAGAGGUUGGACCAUUGGAAAUCCAAAUCACUGCACUGACGAAGCAGAUCGAUGAAUGCAACUCAGAGAUCAUGUCACUCCAGCAGUACUGGCUUCGAUUACAGACGGAGAUGGUUAAUCUUACCCAACAAAGGGAAGAACAGGAUGCUUCUGUGGAAAUGCUAAAAAAAGAACUCACUAUCCUACAGCAGAAGAAAAUUCGGACUGAAAAUGAAAUAGAGCAAGAAAAGAAUGAGCAAAAAGAUAUUGAACAUCACAUGAGGGACCUGAAAAAUGACAUGGUUCGGCUCAACAUGCUGCUUAGCAAGAAUAGCAGCACUAAAGAACAGCUUCAGCAGAACAACCAGCUAAUGGAAAGCGAGUUUAUGCGCUCUCUUCGUGAGGCAGAACGGGAGUCUAUAGAGAUACAGGAGAAUCUACGAAACCUCCAAGAAGAGAAGGAAAGGAAUAUUCACAGCCUUGUUGAAACAGAAUAUCAGAUCAUGUUGUGGGAAAAGAAGAUUCAGCUGGCAAAGGAAAUGCGAAAUGCAGUGGACUCUGAGAUUGGGCAGGGUGAAAUCCAAGCAAUGAAAGGUGAAAUACAUAGAAUGCAGAUACGACACUCUCAGCUAAUGAAACAGCAAGAGAAGAUGAUUCGUGACAUGGAGGCUGUGGUGUCUCGAAGGGAAACAAUUGCAAGGAGGGGACAAGGUCAAAAUGAGAAGAAUAAGAAGCAAUUAACAGUCAGUGACUUUCGUGGAAAACUGCAAGCUUUAAGGAAGAAGAUAAAAGAAAUCCAGAAAAACACAGAAGAGUGCACAGACACCAUUACUGACCUAGACAACACUCAGAAGUCACUCACUGCAUCCAUUUCUGAGAAACAGCACUAUAUCUCCACUAUGAAACUGGAUUUUAGUUCCACAGAGGCUGAAAUUGAGCAGCUGCAGGAAAAAAAACGACAGAACCUGUUGCAAAUCGUGGCCUACCAGACCCGCCUGAAGCACCUGCAGGCUGUGAAUGAUGGAAAAUACACACCUCUUUGCAGCACAUGGCAAGCACUGGAGGCAGAGCACCAGAAGCAAGAGAGCCGCAUUCACACAAUUAGCACCAUAAUUCACCAAAUUCAGCAAGAGUAUCCACAGUUUCAGAGUGACCUGCAUAGCAUCAGUCUGGCUUUUGAAGCACGCACAGGAACCCAGACUGAUGCAUCGGAGAGGGCACCUUAACUAAAUAUUGAAGGAAAACAUAAAAAAAAGAAUCUUCAAAUUUUCUUAUAGGUACUUGACUAAUGUUGUAGUAAAAAUCACAAAUUAUGUUUCAUUCUUUGAUACUGAUUUUUUUUAGAACUGGCUAGCAAUGUCCACAAAAUUAUUUGGGCAUAGUGAGUAUGUGUGAGCUACACGAAUAUUACUGAAUAAUCAAACAUUUCUUUUAGGCUAAAAUCAUCACAAAUCGGCAGCGGAUGAUGUGCUGAGAUGCACAAAUUAUAUUCAAUCUUAAAGGGAAGGUUCACUUUUCGUAUGCAAUAGAAUGACCGAUUCUAA